AAAUGGUGCAGCACCGGUGCUCAUAUGGCCCAUUCCGCAUGACCCAAGCGGGCCGGCGAUGUCUUGGACCCACACCCCGCCGGACACUGACGUAGCAACCGAACCGGCGACAACCUUCCAUCCCCUUGAGUGACCAGAACUGAGCACCGUGCGUACUCAAAGGGACACAGCAACCAUGAAUGCCGCGGAUAUCGGCCGCUGCAGCAAACGCAUCGUGCAGUAUAUCUGGGAUCCCGAGCCCAGGAACGACAGAGAACCACACGAACCUAUCUGGUGUUUGGGGAUAAAGUACCUUCCUGCCGAGGGGCCAGAAGCCUCGCAGACCAAGACCCCCGAUGAUGGCCAAGAGGAGUGUGACGAAGGCAAUGAGGUUGCAUCAGCGGUCUCAAAGACACAAGGCACAUCAGAGCAUUCUUGGCCAGAGACCUUCAUCUCAGACUUUGAGUCAAGGAUCUGGAUGACUUAUCGAUCGAACUUCACACCAAUACCCAGAACCGAUGGCCACGACGCCAAUGCAUCCAUGACACUAAGCGUCCGACUACGAAGUCAGUUGUUGGAUACGCAAGGUUUUACAUCAGAUACUGGAUGGGGCUGUAUGAUAAGAUCAGGCCAAAGCCUACUGAUCAAUGCGAUGGCCUUUCUGCUACUGGGGCGGGACUGGCGUCGCGGACAGAGACAGAAUGAUGAAGCCAGCUUGCUAUCACUCUUUGCAGACACUCCCAGUGCCCCCUUCUCGAUCCACCGUUUUGUACAGCAUGGUGCACAGUCAUGCGGCAAAUUCCCAGGAGAGUGGUUUGGGCCAUCCGCAACCGCCAGAUGUAUUGAGGCGCUCUCCACUUCGUGGCAAGAACCAGCACUCAACGUAUAUGUCACAAAUGAUACAGGGGAGGUUUAUCGAGACAGAUUCCUGGAAAUCGCACGUAGCGGGACAGGCGUGAUUCAACCAACGCUCAUACUUGUCGGAAUAAGACUGGGCAUCGAUCGCGUGACACCGGCAUACUGGAAUGGCCUCAAGGCCGCGUUACAACUCCCCCAGUCGGUCGGGAUAGCAGGGGGACGUCCUUCGGCCUCGCAUUAUUUUGUAGGCCACCAGGGUUCGCAUUUAUUCUAUCUCGACCCCCACUUCACCCGCUCAGCGCUUCCAGACCGUGAGACAGGGCAGUCAUACUCGAGAGAUGAGAUCGACACUUACCACACGCGACGACUGCGGAGGAUUCACAUGCGGGAUAUGGAUCCAAGUAUGCUUAUAGGGUUUCUCAUCCGAAAUGAAGAAGACUGGCAGGACUGGGAGAGUCGGUUGAAAUCGGUAGAAGGCAGAGCGAUCAUCCAUAUCAUCAAUGAGAUGGAUACAUCAAACAUGGGGCGAGAUGCUCUGGACGAAGUCGAGGUAUUGGACGAUACAGAAUAGACACCCGGAACGAAUGCGUGGCCCUUAGUCCAGAAAGACUUUCCUGACAAUGUAUGUCGAUCCGGUAGAGCUGCGUGGAUGGAAAAAAUGGAUAUGGAAAGCAAUUCAGAAAUCGAAUUCUGCUAGGGAAGGCAAAAUUGCGCGACCAACCCCAGAUCCGUGUUAUGUUACACCGCAUUCAUGUCACGAAAACCAUAAAAAACAUUCGGCCCAAGGGGAAAAAAUAAAGCCAUCCC